AUGCAUAGUCUCCCAAUUGAAAUACUCGCGGAUAUCGCCAAAUUUACCAAGUCACCCGAACUAUGCGCUCUUCGGCUCACCUGCCGAGCGAUGUACCAGAGCACCCUUCACCACUUCGUACAAACUUUUGUACAUACAUUGAAGACCGAUCUUUCACCAAAGUCACUUCCCCGGGUCGAGGAAGCAGCCAACGAUGCCCUCUUUUGCCCCUAUGUCCGCAAGUUGGAGAUCGUCAGGAAUUCACAAGGUUGCCUGGGACCAUUAUCCCCUCAUACCACAUCAGAAGGAACAGAUAUCCAAGCGUGGCGAGACGUGAUAAAACGCUUUUUCAACUGCCAAUCCUUCGAGUUGCGCAAUUCAAUCUAUACAACCGCGCAUGCCGGCUGCGACGGCAUCUCGCUUGACGAGGCCACUGGUGCUGUUCUCAAGGCCAUAGCUACUGAGCACAUUCGGAUGGAAUCUUUCUCGAUAGACAUAAUCAAAAACAGAAGAAGGGCUCACGAGGAUAACGAUAACCUAACACAAUUUCCUAUCACCUAUUUUGGGAUCCCGGCCUUCACCCACCUCAAAGAGCUGAGCCUUGCGCUCCCGGAUGCCGAGCGUGAGACUCUUGAUUGGAUGGCGAGCAUGAUCCAAUGUGCCAAAUCUCUCCGAAAACUUGCGAUCCUUUUCAGCUGGAAGUGUGAAGCAGCUCCACUUCUCGCCCAGAUCUCAUCGGUUGGGUGCUUGCCGGCACUAGAAGAGUUGACUUUCUCGCGGAUGACAUUCCAAUCUUCAGCUGCUUUGGCGAUCUUUCUUUACAGUGUUACAGGUUCGCUUCGCCGUGCGACUUUCUCUUUUGUACAGCUGGAAUUUGGAGGCUGGCGGUCCAUUCUCCGCGAGUUGGGUGGAGGUGCCUACAAGCUUGACAGUUUGAUUUUGCAUAGUGUACUAGAACAGAACAAAUUUCUGAGCUUUCGAAAGAUUCCAGAAUACCCACUCGCGAAAGAGUCUCUGGACAAAAAAUUAUGUCGUCCGUUCCAAUUCAGCUUUGUUGAUCCGAAGGAUAAGGGCUUCAGCUGCUCUGGUCCGGCUUUACAACAGGUUUUACAGAGAGUGGCUGCGCUUGCAGAGAUACGCUAA